GUCACUCAGUCACUCACUCACCCAGUCACUCACCAGUCACUUCGCCUUCGUGAUCUUGGUGAUUGUCUACAGCUGGGUCAUGCUGAUGUACCUGUCACUCAACGUCACGCUAGCCAGGAAGAAAUACUCAGUCAAGCUGGGUCAUGCUGAUGUACCUGUCACUCAACGUCACGCUAGCCAGGAAGAAAUACUCAGUCAAGUAUCCGGAUCUCUACUCAAAGGACUCCACCAUCUUCAACUGCAUCCAGAGAGCUCACCAGAACACGCUGGAAGGAUACCCAGUGUGGCUGGGCCUUGUGCUGGUGGUGGCCUUCACUCACCCGUUGAUCUCCGCUGCUUUUGGAUUCAUAUGGGUUACCAGCCGGUUCAGCUACGCACACGGAUACUCCAGUGGAGACCCAGACAAAAGGUUGCGUGGUGCCUAUGGCUACGUCGGCCUCUCUGGCCUCCUCAUCAGCGCCGUCUACUCCGCCCUGCAGCUCCUGGGCUGGGUCUAACCCUCGCUUAGCUCUCCCUUAGCUCUCUCUUAACUCUCUCUUAACUCUCUCUUAACUCUCCCUUAGCUCUCUUAUAUCU